GAAUACCGUCUCUGGUUUGACAGCUGAAAUCCAGUAUGACUAUGAUGCUGAUAAUGAGGAUUCUUCCUCAGAUGCAGAGCCUGAGAACAACCCAGAGCUAUCCAGAUAUGCCAAACUGAAAAGACCCUUAUCUACACAUGAAGAGCCCGCUGAUGGAAACAUAAAGCAUUCCUCCGAUUCAGUGACAGUAAAGACCAAACAGGAAAAGAAUCCAAAAGACAUAAAUAAUAGAGAAGAUGAAAAAGUCACUCUUGAUGCUGCUGAACUGGCUCAUGUUGACGAUACAAAGGGAUGUAAUCCUAUGGACAUAACAGAUGAAACACCAUAAACAGCAACAAUGGCCGCAAGGGGAGAGGAAUGGAGUCUGUCCACUGAGAUUGAGCUGACACUUGGGUCAGAUUGUCACAUCACCAGCGCUGAGUCAGAUGGAACAAUGGCAAAUGGCCCAAACAUUGCCGAGAAUGGAAACCUUCAGGUCUGUGGAUCUAAAUACACUGGUGCCAAGGAAAGCAUCAAAGGUGAUGGUGGCAGGGAAGGAGGCAACUCUAAUCCUGAAGACCCUGGAAGCAUCCAACAUGACAAUGAGAAAGCCAGUGGUAGAGAUGACACCAAGGGAGACCAAAACUUCAACUCUGAUGGCAAAGAGUAAAUGGGAGGCAACUUUCACUCAGAGGAAUUCUGAAUGAAGCCCCCGGAAAGGUUGUAGAUGAAGGAGUUCAAGAAAGAAACAGUGUCCACAUUGGUCACAUUUUGUUGAUUUAAUCAAUCCUAGAUUUAAAAAUAUGCAAAUGCAAAGCUUUUAUGUUUGCAUGCUAAUUAAGCAUUCAAGCACCAUAUACAAUAUGUACUAUGCUUGCAUUACUGCUUGGUAUAUAUAUAUAUACUAAUGGAAAAGAAGGGAUCUGGUGAACUGAGUGGAAAUCAGCAGUCAUCAUGGAGGCGACAGUGGGAGUGAAUGGUAAUGUCUCCUAUGAACCUGGACAAGUGCUUGUUAUUGCCUUGGCAUGCUCUGGAUAAUGGUCUUGGUGAUAUGUAUUGUAAUACUCAUAUAAACAAAUAUUAAGCAUAAUCGAAAA